AUGGUUCUCAGCGCCCACGAAAUCUCACAGUUGCGCGCUGCACUACAAGACGCCGUAGUCAAAUGUUCGGAAAGAUGCUUGUAUCAGUCUUCAAAAUGGGCCGCUGAACUACUGAAUGCGCUUCCCGAAACCGAUGAUGACGAAGAAAACAUCAAUCCCGCAGAUCCUAGUCAUGUCUCUCCCAUAUUCGCCGCCAACAACGACCCGGAAGAAGCAAUACUCGAGGCUAGAGAGCUGAGCAAGUACCUCUUGGCCAAAUCUCUAUUCGACUGCCGAGAAUACGAUCGAUGCGCUGCAGUAUUUCUUCCAGACUCGCUCCUUUCCAGCGUCCUUGCCUCGCGAGUAGACCAUGCUUCCGCAUCUUCCGCAGCCGGCAAGGGCAAAAGCAAAGCGUCUGAGGCAGCGGUGCCCCUUCCCAAGCUCAGCCAGAAGAGUCUAUUCCUAGCACUCUACGCCAAGUUCAUGUCAGGAGAAAAGCGCAGAAACGAAGAUUCCGAGAUGGUUAUGGGCCCUCAGGAUCUUGGAACAGUGACAAACAAGCAGUUGCUUGUGAUAGGCCACUUUCUGGCGACUUGGUUUGAGGAGAGGACCACAGAAGACGAUGAAGUGUUGGGCAGUCAGGGGUGGCUUGAAUAUUUAUAUGGAAUGGUACUCGCCAAGGAAAAGAACGAUGAUAAGGCAUUAGAAUACUUUAUCCGAAGCGUGCACAAGUACACCAUGAACUGGGGUUGCUGGUUAGAAAUGACGUCGUUAAUAUCUCGAGUUGAGGAUUUGAACCGAAUAUCCAGGCAUUGUCCCCAAAACAUUGUCUCUUACAUGUUCCACUUGCACACUUCUCUGGAACUUUACCAACAGGGUCCUGGUCUGGCCAACUCUCUUGAGCAACUUCUCUCAAUAUUCCCUACAUCCUCUUUCCUCCUCACAUGCAACGCAUUGCUAGCUUAUCACGCCAAGGACUUGAUGGCUGCUGAACAGCAUUUUACUCGACUGCUGGCACUCCAUCCGCAUAGGCUGGAUUCGCUAGAUCACUACUCCAACAUCCUCUACGUCCUUAAUCUCCGGCCAAAGCUAGCAUUCCUUGCACAUCUUUGCUCAAGUGUCGACAAGUUUAGACCUGAGUCUUGUGUAGUGAUUGGAAACUAUUACUCUUUGCUCUCGAUGCAUGAGAAAGCCGUCCAGUAUUUCCGACGUGCUCUGACACUUGAUCGGUCAUGUCUCUCAGCAUGGACCUUGAUGGGUCAUGAGUACGUCGAACUCAAAAAUACCCACGCAGCAAUCGAAUCGUACCGCCGGGCAGUCGACGUGAACCGUCGAGACUAUCGGGCCUGGUACGGCCUAGGUCAAACAUACGAGAUGUUGGAGAUGCAUACGUACUCGUUAUGGUACUACAAGAAGGCAGCUGGUCUUCGGCCGUGGGACGGCAAAAUGUGGAUGGCCGUAGGCUCGUGUCUGCAAAAGAUGGGCCGAGAGCGUGACGGCAUUAAAGCUCUAAAGCGUGCAUUGCUCGCUGACGCGUAUUACGAUGUGGGCAGUAGCUUUGGCAGCGGGGAUCUGCUUGGUAGUCGCAACGCCACGGGUCACAUGGACCCCGAUAUUCUCUUACAGAUUGCAGUCAUGUACGAUCAACUAGGCGAAGAAGAGGAGGCCAGAUCAUACAUGGAAUUGUGCGUGGCUCAAGAAGAUGGCAGUGGAGGUGCUGCUGGUGCUGAAGUCGAUCCGGGGGAGUCCAUUGCUAUUCACAACGACUCGCCAGCUGGCUCAGAAAAUGGCGCCGAGAACGAUGAGAAUUCAAACAAUGAGGGAACAGGAGUCACAGCAGCCACGAGCAAAGCGCGUAUGUGGCUUGCCAAGUUUUCGAUGCGGACUGGAGAUUACAUGACAGCCUCUCGUCUUGCGGGAGAGCUAUGUCAAGACGGUGUCGAAGUGGAAGAGGCCAAGGCUCUUGUGCGAGAGGUUCGAUCGCGCAUGGAGGCAACUGGGAUGCUCGACCCGCUGAGCUAG